AUGUCGAGCCGCUACAGUCGGCAAAAUUGCGUCCCGUCCUCUCCACCUCCACAAGAUGCAAAAACUGAUGCACAAUUUUCCCGACUGGAUGGGGCGCGCAUCUCCCAGCAGCGCUCCACCGCCCUGUUGGCCCGCCUGCUCGAAUCGUCCGACCCCACCGGAGUCGCCCGUCAAAGCUUAGAGGGACUAAACGAGGACUUCUUCAUGACCGGCUCAGCCUACCUCACCCUGGCGCGCAAGGACGGCAAUGCUGACGUGGCCGACCGCUUGGAGCGAGCCCUCACAGCCGCGUGGAAGGUGAAGCAAUCGAGCCUGAGACCGGAACUGCAGCUCCUGAACGACCUCAUCCGCGCGGAAACUGAGGCGGAGAGGAAGCAGCUGUACAUCUCGGGCGGGUCGGACCUGCUGAGCACGUUGUCCAUGAAUGAUCGCUGGUUCGCUUCCGCUCUGGGCCGUAUGGCUGCGGAUGUGGAGCGGCAGCCCCCAAACCAAGGUAAGGCCCAGCUGUUGGGGAGACUAAGGGCCAUUCAGAAGGAGACGGAGGCGCUGGAGAAGCAGCAGAAGCACCAGACGGCGAGGCAGCAACAGCAGUAG